UUCAAAAUGGUCAUCAACAAAGUAUUGCUUGUAUCAAAUGAUAAUGAACAAUUUGAAGUGGAUAGAGGCAUUAUUCGACUUUCUAGUGUUUUAAAUGAUAUUUUUAAAGAUGUUGGAUUGGAUGAACCUGGAGGCAGUGAUAGUGCUGAAACUGUUCCUUUAGCUGAUGUAGACGGUGUUAUUCUUCGAAAAGUAAUUGAGUGGUGUGAGCGCCAUAAAGAUGAUCCACCAAACAAAAACUAUAACGAGUUUUCUAGUUGGGAUGAUGAAUUUCUUAAAAUGGAUCGGAGCACUCUUUUUGAGAUUAUUUUGGCAGCCAAUUAUCUCGGCAUUGAUGGACUUAUGACAGUUGUUUGUAACAAAGUUGGGGAUAUUCUUCGUGGGAAGUCAGUUGAGGGAAUCAAGGACUUGUUUAAUAUGCGUAUUUAG